CUUUGAUAAAGUUUUUGUUUUUUAAUCGAAUUUUUUUGAAUUUUAUAAAAUUAAUUUGGGAGAUAUGAUUAAAAGGGCUUUAAAAGAUAUUGAAAUCAGAUAAAUUUAAGACUUGGAAAGUAUUCAAGACUUGAACUCUGUGGAAAUUUUUAGAUUCUUCACUUAAGACAAACAGGUCUAUGAUUAUUUAAAAGAUUAAGUUUAGGACUAGCUAAAUGGAAAAACUGUUUAUAUUGACACGAGAAGAUUCAAAUAAGAAAUUAAAUAUGAUUAAAUGAUGGGAUUCCAUGAUUUCAGUGCACAAAUCGCAGACUGGUUUUAUUUAUACGCUAAGAAUAUUACUAAUCUUCAUAUCAUACUUGACAAAGUAUCGAGCUAACUAACUGAAACAGAUAUUUAAUUCUACACAGGAUCUUUUUCUUGCUUUAAUAACUUAAAUGUUUUGGAGUUUUCAACUGGAGGAAAGACAGCCAUGGAUCUUUGGAACAGUGGAAAUUACGAAGAUGCUCACUUUUAUGUUAAAAAACAAGUAAAAAAUAAUUUUAAUAAAUCAAUGGGCUUAGCUGCAAAAUAAUUGGGAAAAUAGCUUGAAAAGAUGGCUUUCAAAAAUAAAUUUACUCUUCAUACACUCAGCUUAGAUCUUUAUAGAUGGUCUUCCUGUACUUCUGCUGACACUUCUUUCCUCUUUAAAUGCUUAAAAGAGGUUUUAGUUUAAUGUACUUAGAUUAAGACCUUCUACCUGAAUCUAUAUGGAUGGGUAGGUAUUAUUGAUUACAAGUGCUUUGAUGAAUUAGCAGCCACUUUUAAGGCAUGUUUAACUAAUUGUCGAUAACUGGAAAAUAUAGAAUUACAUUUUGCAUGGUGUUAAAGUCUUACUUCUUGGCAGGCUUCGAUAUCUCUAGCAGAAUCUCUUAAAUAUAUUUCAUAAUUAAGCACACUCAGAAACUUUACUUUAAAUCUAGGAGGAUGGGGUUAGGAAUCAUCAGUUGUACCUGAGACUUUAUUUGAAAAUCUGGCUUCUCUAAUUCUAAAUAAUCCUUUGAGUUCAUUAUUUCUGACAUUUGGAAAUUGGAAGAAUCCUCUGAAAAUAGAAACCACGUUAGAAUGUCUGGAAGCUAUGCUCAUGAAGCUAGUCAAUAAACCUAAUUUCUAUAGACUUGGAUUAGAUUUAUGGGGAUGGACUAAUGGAAGCGUUAAAGGACUGCUUUGCCUAGCAAAAGCAUUAGUUAAAAUCAGAUAAACUACAGAUUUAUAAGACUUGAGCAUUAAUUUUUGGGAAUGGCAAGGAAUCAUAAAUCCAGAAUGUGCAAUCGAACUCAUACUUUAAAUUUUAAACCCACCGUAUAAGAAAAACACUUUAAAAUAUCUCUCUCUUAAUAUGAAUGCUUGGUAUUUGAGUAAAGAGCCAUGCAUAAAAUUUUUUCAGUGUAUAAGGAAAAUGGAAGCAGAGAACCAUUUAGAAAAAUUAAAUCUAAGCUGUAGAUUUGAACAUCAUUUAAAGAAGUAUAAAUUCAAUAACCCAAACGGAAGAAUAUUUGGUAAAAAUGUAAUAAAAUUAAUUGCAUGUAAAGAUCAAAAAUAUUAAAAGGCUGCUUCCGUUUGUAAAGCAAUAAAUAAUACUCAACUAUUCUUAACAGAUAAAAUGUAAAAAGACUUUUAUAAGCUGUGUUUUCUACCUAGCUUAGACAACAUAACUUAAAUCGAAUUACCUCUUUCAUAUAAUUUAUAAGGUUGAGAUCUAUAUUUAUUAAUUUUAAUUAUUAC